UGUUGAUCUGAGUGCUUAUUAUGAAACUCUUGCAUCUUUAACACUAUUACAUACUUGGAAAACAUUGGAAAUGCUUUGUUGGCCCCUAAGGUCAUUGAAUUUUGCUGGAAAGCAUGCUUUAAUAUUCCCUGUUCGGGGUUUUUAUUCUUUGAUGGUAAAAAUUCAUGAAUGUGCCUUUUUUUCUUUUGCCUGAUGAGAUUUUGCUGCCUUGUCUUACUCUAUUUUAUUGGUGGCAUGAUGAAGUGUCAAGGGAAGAAAUGGAAGAGAAGAGAAGGGCUCAAGUGUGCAUCUUUCUGACUGUUUUCCUCCACCUCUCCUUAAACAACAAUUUACAAAUGAAGUAUAAUUCUUGGGGUUUUUCCCUUUCUUCUUCGAAGAAUGAAGGCUGAUGUUGAGCAGGUGCUCCCUCGUAAAAAAGAGAUCAUAUUAUAUGCUUCCUUGGCUGAGCAUCAGAGGAAUUUCCAGGAUCAUUUGCUUAAUAAAACUUUGGAAACAUAUCUACAAGAGAAGGGAAACACAGGACGUGGUAUAAAAGGGAAGCUUAUCAAUUCGAUGAUGCAGCUUUGGAAGAAUUGCAACCACCCUGAUCUCCUAGAGUCUGCCUUUGAUGGAUCAUGUACCUCCCUUGGGAAAAUGCUUGAAAAUUUUGCUGUGUAAGAAAGCUUCGCAACUCCAU